ACUGUUAACAACUUUCGUUUUUUGUUGUGUUCGGCUUUCGUUUGCCACUGUGUGUCAUUUAAUUGACACCAUGAACCUGGUGGUUAUCUCACAAAAACAAACCGAAUCGUCACUUCACUGCUGUCUGCCAUAACAUUUGGAUUUUUUUUCUUAUUGUCAAUACAGCCAUCAUGAUGUUGCAUAUGUUUGCUAGGAAUGUUUGUGCCGUAAAUAGAUUCGUUGCUGUUGAGACAAACUUGGCACAUUCCAUCAGCACCUCGAAAAUGCGCUUCGUCACAUCUACUGCAGCAGAGGGACAAGAAUUGCAGCUCACCUAUUUGACCGAAGACGACAAGCAAGGUAUCGCAAUUUUGGGUUUGAAUCGUCCGAAGGCGAAAAAUUCCUUCAGUCAAUCGCUUGUCGAUCGUCUGUUGCAUUCCGUGGAUGUGCUGGCGCACGAUAAGAAUGUUCGCGUGGUUAUCCUGCGCAGCCUUGUACCGGGAAUAUUCUGCGCUGGAGCUGAUUUGAAGGAGCGUGUCACGAUGAGCCCCCAGGAAGUGGGACGAUUUGUCUCGAAGCUACGGCAGAUAAUGUCCAGCAUCGAGCAUCUGCCGGCGCCGGUGAUUGCCGCGAUUGACGGUCCAGCUCUGGGAGGAGGUUUGGAAAUGGCACUAGCUUGCGAUAUGAGGGUUGUGUCCAGUAAGGCCGUCCUUGGGUUGGUUGAGACAAAAUUGGGAAUAAUUCCCGGAGCAGGCGGUACUCAACGUUUGCCUAGAAUUUUAAACCCAGCCAUUGCCAAGGAAUUGAUUUUUACCGCUAGACAGGUUAAUGGCACUGAAGCGCACGCUUUGGGAAUUGUAAAUCACGUCGUGCCAUCCAACGACACAGGAGAUGCUGCUUUUUUGAAGGCGUUAGAAUUGGCAAUGGAAAUUGUACCGAACGGACCGAUCGGAGUGCGUAUGGCUAAGCGUGCGAUUGAUAAAGGAUUACAGGUUGAUUUGGCUACGGGAUGCGCUAUUGAGGAAGCCUGUUACGCACAAGUUAUUCCCACUAAAGAUCGCUUGGAGGGCUUGAAGGCUUUCGCGGAGAGACGGAAACCAAAGUACAUUGGAGAGUAAUGGAAGAACCUCACAAAAGCGACUCGUUAUGUGAUACGAAAGUGCAUUUAUUCGGGCUUCCCAAGGUCUAGCCUCUGUGCUAAUUUUUAUCGAUUUUUGUUAUAUACAAUAAAUGCUUUUAAGAUGCAAUAUGAAAUCUUAGGUUUUAAACAA